CAGGGUGCGACUAACAUCUUCACGACGAUUCACUCGAUGGACAUGAAAUAUCUACACAUCGACAAAACCGGUGAAAGUCAUAUGGAAUAUGGGCGUUCGGAUCUUGUUGGUGUUUCUUGGUAUAAUCUCCUCCAUUGGGACAGUAUACGUACUGCUUAUUGUAAACACCAAACUGUUAUUCAGUCUGAUCAAGAAAGAUCAAGUACAGCUUUACUAAGAUUACAAAGUCGCUCUGGAAGAUGGUUUUGGAUACACUGUGUAUUACAAGUCAAAGAUACAUCUGACGAAUGCCAACAUCCUAUUAUUGUUUGCACCAAUCAAGUAUUAAGUGAGAAAGAGGCUGACAUAAUGCGUGCUAGUUCCUGGCUGUAUCAGUAUUCAUCUCAGACUAAAUUUACAUACGGAGUGUGCCCGAGUUUACCACUGAUCGGACCUCAGGCCCAGGCUCAACAGCAGCAGCAGCACCAGCAGCAGCAGCAACAACAACAAGAACAGCAAGAACGACAACGACAACAACAACAUGCAACUAAUCUUGGUUACGGGCCGGAAACGAUUGCCGUUGUCACAGCCGCUACAGAUUAUGGGGAUGGGCAAUCGCCCACGAUGACUAUUGCCUAUAGUUUGCCACCUCCGCCACCUCAUGAACUUGAGCUUACUGUAUCUUAUCAACCAAACCAUAGUCUGGACGAUGUACAAUUCGCGCCCUGGACCAAGGAACGGCCGCUCGUCAAGCAAGAGCCUGUAGAGAUGAUUUAA